AUGAUCCUCGACCGAGGGAGCGAGAACUCGAACGACGGCGAGAACUGGCUGAUGUCGAGCCCCAUCAACCUGGGCUCCUUCUACCAGAGCUCCCCCGCGGCCAGCGAGCCGCCAUCGCCCGCCUCGCCGCUGUCCGAGACGUCCAGCUGCGGCGUCCCGUCGCCAGUGGCCUGCUUGGGAACAGCAAGGGCUCUGAAACAACCCUUCCAGGGAGUUAGAGUGAAACAUCCUGUCAAGGACCUCCUCAAUUACUUGAGGAGCACUCACUCAGACACCAAGCUGGAAAGUCACCUGACUCAUUCAAAUUCAUCAGAAGAGCCAUUUUCUCAAAUAAGAACUGUCCUGAGUGGCCAAAAAAGAUCAGCUUUGGAAAACCUAACGGAUGCACCUCCAUAUAAGCAAUCUGCAACGCCUGCGUCAUCCUACCCACUGACUCCGCCCCAGACUCCAAGCUCCGAGAAUUCAGAUGGAGCCCACAAAACUGAAUCACGAAAUGAUGUGACUCCAGAUGUUCUUGAGGCCAUAAUUAAAAUGUUGCAGAAUGACACCCAUGAGAUUUCUCUGAAUACUGUCCAGGUCAACUGGGCCAAUGUUGCCAAGAAUGAUCAAACUUUCCAUAAGGAAGGAAAAUUCCGCAACAACAGUUGUAUGCAGCAACUCAAUGAAUGCCAUCUAGCCUCUGAACUGUGCCAGGACUUUAAGCAAUUCCCAGUACGUAGUCCACCGCAAAUUUCUGGACAACAGGAGGACCUGAAGCCAUAUCAAGCUGUCCACCAAUCUCCAACUUUCCAGCAAGUUCUCCCCUGUGGACAGGUCCUAGGUUUUCACCAGAUGUCAAAUGAUUUUCCAGAUUGUACAUUUGCUUUUCCAAUGCACCCAAAUCCAUCCAUGCCCGAGGAGUUAUCAUUUCCUCAAAUUGGUGACCAGCUUGUGGGCAGUCAACAAUCGUCUGAAUUUUAUAUGCCAAGUUGUGGCUCCCUGCAGCCUAACCCCCAGGGUGAUGUGUCGCAGCAUGCCUCUUUGUACUAUCCAUCACAAACUCAAGGCAAGUCCUUUUUUCAAUGGCAACUUGAACAAGAGGAGAAGAAAUUGUCCCAUCUUACUCAAGCGCAACUUCUUUCCAAAGACUCUGAUGGUGACACUCUUUUACACAUUACUGCUGCACAGGGCAGACGGGCUCUUGCAUAUGUUCUUGGAAAGAAGAUGGCUGCUGUUAACAUGAUAGAUGUUAAGGAACACAAUGGUCAGAGUGCUUUACAAGUGGCUGUUGCUGCCAACCAGCACCUGAUUGUCCAGGACCUGGUCACCCUUGGAGCACAAGUUAAUACUUCGGAUCGCUGGGGUAGAACACCACUGCAUGUCAUUGCUGAAAAGGGACACUUUCAUGUGCUUAUGGCCAUUGAAAAGGGUUUAUCGCUAAGUUGUCAGCAUUUCAAUCUGGAAGUUACUAACUUUGAUGGUAUGACUCCUCUACAUUGUGCAGUCUUGGCCCAGAAUCACAUGGCUCAUGAGCUUCAGAGUAAACUUCAUCAGCAACCUCUAUCUGUUGAGACACAAGAACUGGUCAUGACAAGCAAGAGCUUGUUGGAUACGAUUAAAGCCUUAUUACAGAUGGGAGCUUCUAUUGAAACUCGGGAUCGGAAGAGUGGUCGCACUCCUCUGCAUAUGGCUGCAGAAGAAACGAAUGUCGAACUUCUGCGUUGCUUUCUUGAGCAACCCACCAGUCUCAAUGUGGUAAAUGCCAAGGCAUAUAAUGGGAACACCGCACUUCACAUUGCAGCUGGCAUGCAAGACCGGCUCAGUCAGGUAGAUGCAGUUCGGCUUCUGAUGAGAAAGGGAGCUGAUCCCAGUGCCAGAAACCUGGAGAAUGAACAGCCAGUACAUCUUGUACCAGAUGGUUUAAGAGGAGAAGAGGUUAAACGGAUCUUGAAGGGUAAAGCUGCCCAAUCAAGAAUGUCCCUCUUCUGACUUCCUAUUUUGGGAUGUUUCUCGCCACCCUCGCUGUCAGUUAGGCAGUCUUGUUAGUUUUGUACAGAGAAAUUUGCUAGUUAUGAGCAAAUGUGUGUUGUUUCUUUUAAAGAAACUUUAAUUGUUGACUACUGUGUAGUACUUAGUAAACAAAAGCAUUCUAAUGGUAGUAUUAACCUUUUUUAUGUUUUUAGAAUUGUGCACCUUUUCCUUCUUUAGAGUUAACAGAAGGGAUUGAGUUAACUUUGGAUCUGUCCGUCUGGAUUUUGUUGUCAGAAGUAAAGUGAUGCUUCCUAAUGUCUAUCUCCCUAUAAGUUGGGUCCCCCUUAUCAUACCUUGUUUUGGGUUUCUGGCAGCAGUGAUAUUGAGCAAAGCGGUCAAUCAGAUUCCAAACUUUUGAUUGACCAAAAACUAGAGAUAAAAUAUAUUUUUAAACUGGUUGUCACCACUUUAUAGAGCACAAAAUAAAAAUUGUAACAUACGUGAAAUUUAAGCAAAAGCAGAAAUGCAUUUUUGACAAAAAAUCUUUUUUAUUGCUGCAUAAUAUUUGAAAUAUUGUUUAAUUAUAAUCCGCAGAUGUAAGCGCGUGAGUUUGCUGAUUAGUAAUUAUAUCUGAAAAUUCCAUUUUAAUGGUUCUCUUGAGCAGUGGAUCAUUUUCAGGGUUUUAUCAGUGAGGACAGUAUAUAUAUAUAUACUUGGCACUUUCAUCCAGUCAUUGCUUUUACUUGGAUUAGACUUAAGGGCAAAGUAACAUAAUUGUAGAAGAGUAUUAAUGACUGGCAGCCACUUCACUUUAUUGACAUGCAUCCUAGUGUUGCAGUGGCUGGCAGUUUUGUUCUCAAUGUAAAUAACAAAAUCCAGGUCAUGACGAUUUAAAAUUAUUACAGAUGAUCAGUGCAACAUAUAGUAAUGUUCUGAUGCAUAUCUUGUCAUAAAUACAAUAUUCAGAGUAUUUAGUUAUUCGAAACUAGGAAUACAUCUGUGGGGGAUGUUUAGAUAUAUCCAAAUUCAAUGUUUCCCAUAGGUUGGUAAAACAUUAAAACAGCUGUAUUGAAGCCAUGAUCAGGUAAAUCAGAAGAUAUGGUUUUAAUACGAAUAUGGCUUGAAAUAAGUUGCUUUGUUUUUCAGCACUGAUGUGGAUAUUUGCCUUUGUUUGUCCAUUUAUGUGAAUAUAGAUCUUUUUGGAUCAAUUCUAAUUUACCAUUGAUGCAGCAAAAGGAGUUUACUUCUGUAAAGUGCACAGUUCUAUUUGGGAAAUAUCGUCAUUUGUUUGGUAAGGUGGUCUUCCCUUCUAACAGGAAGGAUUUGUUGGAUUUAUUCUAGGUAUUUGCACAGGAGAUUCUGUGAUAGAGGGAUUAUACUAAUUAAUACAUUUGAAGUUUUAAAAAAAAAAAAACCAAUGAAGAUCAUUACAAGAAGGAAAGAGGUUUAAUGAAAAAGGGUAGUAGUGUGGCAAAUAUUAAAGUCACUGCUGACUAGGACAUUUUUGGUUGAUGGAUGAAUUACUGGUUACAAUUUGGAAGGUGAAAGUAAUGGCAUUUGCUGCACUCGUGCUGAAAGAAAGUGACAAAAUAGAGAGAAUUUUGGAUGACUACAAAAUUGUAUGUGCAAAUAUCUGAGAUCACUUUGGAUAUAAACACAUUUGUGUUUAGUAUGUUUGUUUCAACCGAUAUAUAGUUGUACUUCUCAUUUAGGAAGAUUUUGUAUUUCCCAAUCUCAGUAUGCCUGUUUUUUGUUUUUUUGUUUUCCUUGUGAUUAUAUAGUGAUUUUUAAACUAAAUUUGUUUAUACUUUAUAUCAUUACAUGUAGAUGGAUUAAAUUUAGCUUUAAAGUGCCAAUAAUGAAUUUUUGGGGAUAUUUUGUUAAAUCAUUCAAUGAAGUAUGUCUUGUGGACAAAUUCUGUUAUUUGAUGAAACAUUAUAUUAAAGAUUUGAAACAUUGAU